AUGGGCUCGCCUAGGAAUCGAACCCCAAGCUUGCCGGAAAAUCACCUCCGACCAAAGCCCGAACUCGGUCCGUCGGGGAAUUCGAAUACGAUUCGAUUUCAGCCGGAGUUUCAGAAAAAUUGGGAGUCCUCCAGAGAAUAUCAAAUCCCAAAAUUGGGAGUCUCCGGCAGGCCUCAGAAGAACGCGAUCUUGUAUAUCGCCGCCGCCGAGUCCUUCAUCUCAGGUCAGGGCCCGGAUCCGGCAUCAGUUGCGAAUUUUAAGGGGUUCGACUAUUCUUGUUUGGAAAUAAAUUUUAGGUCAAAUCUGGUAGAGUGA